CGAGUUAGAUGGGGGGUUACUAAAUCAGGGACGUUAAAUCCUUUGAAUCCGCUGAUCGUGGACAGUAUUUUUAAAACAAUAAUGACUAACUGUCCUUACAACAUUUAAAAAAAACGAGUGUCAAAAAUUAAAAAAUAUACGUCGAACGUAGGUCCCACCGAGAUUUGAACUCGGAUCGCUGGAUUCAAAGUCCAGAGUGCUAACCAUUACACCAUGGGACCCGAUGAACGAUUGCUCAUUAUACACCUUCAAUAAAGAAAUCUCAUUCGUACUCACAUUUACGAACAUAGGUUCACACUUUCAAUUUACAAUCGUUAUUAGAGUAGUUUUGCCACUUUCAAAUGCGUAUAAAAGCUCUGCAGAGCAGAGCAGAGCAGAGCAAGGCAACAUGUAUGAUCAUAUGAACAUGUUAAUAGCUGCUCAAGAGCAAACCAUUGGAACUCAGGAAGGAAGCGGUUCAGAAGCGGUCGCAAAUGCUCAUUAAAUAGUCAUUGUUAAUCGAGUACGGAUGGUACUUUGCAGUGACCAAGGUUUCAUCCUGUUGCUCCAUCAUUUUUAUGGAGGGCUUAAUUUGUGUAGACAGUUGCAAAGCAAUAAUGUUCUUCAUCGCGUUCCUCCUUCCGGAGAUUGAGACGGAUUGAACCAGAGAAUAGGAAUGACUCUGUUAUCAAAACAGCUAAUGACAUUGAAAUCUUAUUUCUUCUUGUGACAUUUCGCUCCACGCCCUUAUUCGAGUUUAAAAAAAAAUAUAUUUUAUACUCUUUACCUGACGAAAAAAUCUUCAAAAUUUCAGUGAUUUCAUUAAAAUUUGGAUUUGACCGUUUCCGCUUUGCUUAGCAAAUGGCGACCAUCAUGGUGUAAGAUAGACCUCGUUUUCGUGUACCAACAAAAAUAUGUUUGUGUUUUUCGCAAAACCCGUGUAGUGAGUGGCUCGUGUUCAAAAGACGAACACAUUGGAUACGGAUGGAGAACGCAUAAGAUCAAAGAAGUUAUACCAACACUACUGGGUCAAAGGGUUAUGCAGUGAUGCCUGCAGUCAGCGUGUGUGAUCCAGUAGCGGCUGCGAUCCGCUACUCACUAGAGUCGAGUCAGUCUAAUAAGUCGAGCGAAGAUUUGUCUGCGGUGAUUGGUGGGAACGCAACGAGAAUUCUGGAAUCAGAAAUAGAGUACAAAGAGGUAGCUGGCUACCAGUCUACAGUAUUGGAGCAACUAAAAGCCAAGUAUAUUGUCUUGAGCUUACCCCAGCACCAACAGCACUCUGAUAAAGCAGAACAGUCUGGAAAAUUCCAGGACAGCUCAGUUUAUUCUACUUCCAAAAAGUCGGAAGACAAAAAGAUGGGACCUAGUCUGCCAGAACCAGCAGUGACACUUUAUCCAACAAACAAAAUCUCCCUCGGAUGGAAGGGUACUUUGCCAGUUGGAGCUGGAAUGUAUAAUGUGGGUAAUACCUGCUAUCUAAACAGCACACUCCAGGCUCUUUUUCACGUGCCGGCAUUGGUUAACUGGCUAUUGUCAGAUCAACAUCACACCUCAAAAUGUGAACAGAAUAUUUUAGAUGGAGCUGGGGAAUGUCUCACCUGUGCAAUGGCCAAAACACUACAAUUCAGCCACCAGAAGUCCAGUGGAGCAAUUAAGCCAUUCUACAUUUAUAAUAAGUUAAAACUUAUUUGUAGAACAAUGGUUCCGGGGCAGCAAGAGGAUGCUCAUGAAUUUUUACGGUAUCUGUUGGAAGGCAUGGAGAGAGCAUUUCUCUCCAGACACAAAGCGACAAAGUUGGACAGUUAUUCCAAGGAGACAACACCUAUUAACCAGAUAUUUGGUGGUUAUAUACGUACCGAAGUCAAAUGUCUUCAGUGUCGUCAUAUUUCUACCACCUUCCAACACUUCCAGGAUCUCUUGGUUGAUAUUCGGAAAGCAAGUACUUUGGACGAAGCACUGUCGAGUUACUUUAGCCGAGAACAACUUGACAACAAUGAUUACAAGUGCGAGGCGUGCAAAAGGCGUGUACCCGCAACAAAACAAUUUAGUCUUGAGCGUCCGCCUAAAGUUCUAUGCGUUCAACUGAAACGCUUCAGCGUUUUAGGAGGCAAAAUCUCGAGACAUAUUGGUUUCAAACAGACCGUGGAUAUGGGACCUUAUCUAUGGAGAGAGCCUGGCGAACCCCUUCGUACCCUGACCUAUAAGCUCACGUCUAUGGUCACACAUAUGGGACCCUCAGUUAAUUGUGGCCACUACACUGCCGUUGCCCAAGUUUCAAGUGGACAGUUUUAUACGUUCGAUGACUCUUGUGUACGCCCGACAAGUCUGAGCAACGUGUUAAGCACAAAUGCAUACAUAAUGAUCUUUGAAAUGGAAUCGCAGUCACAAACAAAGUUGCAGCAUCAGCAACCUGUGAAAAUCAACGGAUUAGUGACAACAAAAAAUUUAUUAUCGAUACCAAAUGGAUGCACAAACAAAACGCCGAAUCCAAAACCGUCAACAUCCGGUAUAAUCACACUAAAUGGUGCAAUGACUUCUUCUGCUAAGAGUAAAGAACCAAACGAAAAGGAAAUAAUUGGGCCACAGCUUCCUCUAACAAAAGUGAUAGGUCCACAGUUACCUUCACAAAAAGAUACUGGAUUCAUCGGCCCUCAGCUUCCACAAAAACUACAAGACAAAGACAAAUCUCAUUUGAGGCUAGUUAUGCACCCCAAAAAUGGCAAAGCUUCAAAUGGUAAUAGCCUAGUACCAUAUGACGGAUCCAGCGAGGAAGAGGAUGCCAGUUCAAAUGCAGAUAAAAAUUCAGCACUUCCAAACAGCAAUCUUGUUCCUAAGUCAACAUUGACAAACACUUCUAAUAAUGGUUUACAGAAGAGUGGUUCAUUGGCAAAAGAGAAUUCUUUUAAAUCUGUCACUAACUUCAAAGAUGCUCAAAAAAGUUCAAAAAGUACUGGGAAUGGCGUGUCAAAUGCUAGUUCGAAAUUACCCAGUCACAAUGGAUCGUCACAGAGUAAUACUAAAGGCCAUAAUGGCACAUCAGCCAACAAUAACGGGGCAGUUCCGUUCUCACUAAGGUGCCAAAACCUCAAAGUGGACGGUAAUUCCAAAGCUGAAACCAAUGGUACAGAAAAGUGGCACAAUCCUAUAAGAGUAAAGACUGAUCAUGAAGAAAGGGUACCGACAAAGGCUGCUGCAAGCAGCAUCAAGGGUUGGCAGGUUUCUAAGGACACACCGUCACCUACCGCAGCUGCCACACCUAAUGGCUGGUCUGUUACAGACAACAAGGAAGACAUUUCCAAAUCAACACACCAUGCUGCAGCACCACCAAGUGCAGCAGCGUUGAGAAACUUCAGUGGUACUAAUCGCUCGGACACAGUAUCACAUCUACUGAAAAUGUCUCAUCGUGGUUACGGCAGUUCCUCGGUAUCAAAUUGGAAUGGGGGACGAGCACACCUUGAGAGAGAGGUUGACACAGAGAGGAGAGAAGAUCGCAAGCGUCACCUAGACUCUGAUGAGGAAGAAAUGGAUAGGGGAAGAGUGAAGAAGGUGAAAGGUCAUCGUGAAUACAAGGAGAGAUCAAACCCUGGCUAUAAUCCUUUCCAGGACUAUCAAACCAGCAAAAGUUGGAAUCGACCUGGAGGAUAUGCUAGAAGGGCCUAUUAUAACGUCUCUCACAGCAGACCCAGGCAUGGCAGCAACUACCGACCCCCUCACUACAGAAACCACAAUCAUUCGCGUGACCAUUAUCAGCGUAGGUAGAAGAAAGUGUCUAAUGUGAGAAACGUUAGCAAGAGCAACGUGCACUCACCAAGAUUUAGUUCGAUUUUGGGCAUUCUAAAUCAUCAACCUACAGUAUAGAAGGCAAACUUUGAAAAAUUUGAGUUAUCUGGAAAAUAACCACAACGUUUCACAAGCAACACAUUACUCAAAGACAUAAGAAAUGAGUGAGUAAUUUUGCUUGCCUGCACUCAAGUGUUCAUGACUCGUUGACUACGUUCUUAAAUUUUUUCGUACAAGAUGGAUCGAACAUCGUCUGACUCUUCAUAAUAUAAUCAGACUUGAGCACCAAGUAUAUAUGACCAGUUCUGAAAGGUACGAGGACUACAGUUUUCUUAAUUAGAACUCAGCUUCAUGCAUGGCUUGAAGGCUUUUUUAUAUAUUUUCAUAUAGAUUACGGGUGUUCAAAGUUAAACUGUAACAACCAAAUCCUUGAAAGCUAUUCUUGAAUUCGAUUUUUUUAUCGUUAAAGAAUCAUAAAAUCAUAAAAGUUUUCACUCAUUUCUAGCCUGUAUGGAGUGGCACUUUGAUGAUGUUUACUUUGAAUGUUGACUGAAACUUUAAACAAACAUUUCAUAAAUUCAACCAUUGUCUAAAAAAAAUAAUUUGUAUUUUCCUCUAGUGUUUUUGGCUCGAGUGUACGGGUCAAUUACUUCACCUAUCUAACGUCAAUUACAACGCCAUUUCAUAUUAGUACUACCCAUAUCUUAGAUAGCGGACUUUGAAUUUCCAAUAACACGGUCUUAAAUUGGGGAUAAUUUUGAUAUGAACUGCCAGUGUCUGCUUAAUUCAGUAUUUUAACAUGUCUCUCUUAAGUUCAUGGAAUUUUGUAAAACGACCGGUUGAACUCUGCUGCCUCGGGCAGGAAAGGUAUUUUAUACUUUCAUAUCUUUGUAACAUGGAUGUCGUUGAGAUAGUUGAUAACACUUCCAUUCCUUUCAUUCGUGUCACAUCUUUCUUGUUGAUAAUAAACAAGCUCUCAGUUCAUUUCACCAGUUACAAUAAACCGUUUCAAUGGAAGAAAUAAAUGUACAUAAGUACAUAUGCAAAUUACCAAAAGAAUAAUUAUUGUACGUUUUUUCACGAUUGAUAAUCCAUGCCAUUAGUGAUCGAUAUAAUUGCUUUGUAGCUGAAGUAAAACCAAUUCCACACACUCAUUGAGUUCGUUUGGGGCAGCCUUAACUCUAUAUCCGUCUCAAUUAGAUGAAAAUUCUGUAAUCGUCUCUUAAUGAACAUUAGAGAUGGUACAAAAGUAGUAAAGCUUUUCACGGUGAUCUAUUUAUUCUAAAUUGUAAAUAUAGAGAAAAAUUUUAGUUGUAGUCUCAGUUCAGGAAUAAAACCUUUUGUUCAGGAGUGAAGAACUUGGUUUAACUUCAGCCUGAAAUGUCAGUAAUUAUGGUGAUUCUACCUUGAAAAAAUUUUUAUCAUGUUUUCAAGACAUUAUGUAUAAAAAGAAAGUCUUCUCUCAACCAUGCGCUCUGUGUGAUCAAUUUCGGAGUGAACAGACUCAUGAUUCCAUCUAAUACAAGCGUUGCUUUAUCUGUUACAAAUAGUACUAGCUACAUCUUCAUAGGUUUCUGAUGUGUAUAGAAAAUGAAUAACAACAUUUGUACUUGUGGUCAUUGGCAAGGAUUGUGGGUUCAAUACUAUGUUCCUGAUUGUUUUGGUUUUUCCAAUUAUUGGAACCAGAGUUUUUUUUUCAAACCGAUGAACGAAAACGCUAUUGUAGUGCGCGUGUUGCAUAAAUAUUAUCUGGCACUGAAAAAGCAACAAAUAUCUGCAAAAACUGAACGAUGCUAUUUUCAAAGUUCUCCGUUUGAGCUUGAUGUUCGAUUGUAUAACAAUUAAAUGAUUUAUUCAAUUUUGAGUGCAAGUGAAUUACUAGAAAAAUUGUGCAUAAUGAAUUAAAUAAUAAUAAUUAUAGUUAAUGUAAAGUUCUUAGUUGAGUAAGGGUAGAGUUUAAACUGCAUAAGAAAUCUUGAAUACAACCAUUGGUAUAAUAAGAAUUAUCUAAAACAAUGAAAGUUAAUACACAAUUUAUGAAAACAAAUAUGGGGUAGGCUAUGAAUUAGGAUGUGAAUUCCAUUGAUGAGAAUAACUGUAACACUACCACGUUUAACUCUUGAUUCACAGCUUACCGCAAUCUAUGAUACCUCGUUAUUUCAUUUUAUGGACUAAGUCUUAGUUGCACUAUAAUAAUAUUGGCGAUGUAAUGAAUAACGAUAACCAUGAAAACUAUUUGUAGUAUAAUAACGAUAGUAAUGCGAUGAUCAUAUAAAUAAUACCAGAUAUCAUUUUUGUAAAAUAAUUAUUUACCGCAGUCGUGUUUCAAUUUCAAAUAUCUAGAUAAGAAUAACAAACGGUUAUUCAAAUAAAACAAAUGAAGCAUGAUGCAAUUGCACAUGAUUAUAACACGUUCUGAAAUGACUAUGAACCUGAAAAUAAUAUUGGAUAAUAUUAUGCUGUA